AUGUACACCCACAAUUCUCUAUUUCUUCUCACACUCGCGAGCAUCCAGGGCCUGUCUUCCGCCUGCUCCAGGGCGACCUACAAUGCCAGAGUCGAUGGUCGAUAUACAAUCGGUCGUACGGUGGACUUCGUCACCGACACAAACACCACCUUCUGGGCUUUUCCUGCCGGGCUGGAAAGAACCGGGGGAGUGCCCGAGAACGCGCUGAACUGGACGACCAAAUAUGGCUCCAUCAUAGCGUUGAUGUACAACUCGGCCUUUACCGAGGGCAUGAACUCGGAAGGUCUCACCGGCAGCACACUGUACCUGGGGGACAGCGUGUAUCCGACGCGCAACACUUCGAUUCCGGGCGUCUACAACACACUCUGGAUGGGAUACGUCCUGGACAACUACGCCACCGUCGCCGAAGCCGCUGAGGACAUAUGCGGCGGUGCGGAAAAGUUCCAGGUCGUGUCCAAGCCCGUUGUUCCCGGAGUCAGCACCAACUUGCACGUCGCAUUCACCGACACAACGGGCGACAAUCUCAUCAUGGAGUACACCGAGGGCGAGCUGAGCUGCUACCAUUCACCCAAUUACACCGUCAUGACGAACGAGCCGGCGUACAACAAACAACUGGCCAUCAACGCGUACUGGGAGGAGAUUGCCAACUACUCUCUCCCCGGCACGGCGCGUCCUGCAGAUCGUUUCGCGCGACUUUCGUUCUACAACCGCUACAUCCCCCCUGCGAAUGACUCGGCAACCGCGGUGUCGUACACGGCGGGCAUGAUGAGAGCCGUCAGCGACCCGAUGAUCCCGCUUGUCUCGACGAACCAGGCCGGAACCCAAGACAUUUGGCCCACGCUGUGGAGGACGUACAUUGACAUCCGCGACAGGGUCCUGUAUUUCGAGAGCGCCACCAGUCCCAUGCUGUUCUGGUUUGAUUUCCACGACUUCGACCUCUCCACUUCGGGCGAGACCAAGGUCCUCUCCUUGAUUGGAACCCCGUGGGAGUCGCGGGUUGGUAACGUGACGGAGGAUUUUGUGACCGUCACCGACUCGGCAGCUUGUGCCCACAUCUAUACCACUUGCUAG